AUGCCGAACUUCCCCGGACUUCGAAAUCCACUUGCCAACUGGCCCCUCAACUUAGACACCACCACCACCUGGGCCGCCACCAUGCUCACCUCCGGCCUCACCAAUACACCUCUCACCAAAACACUCCUGAUCUACACGAUUGCCUCAGCCAUCGCCCUCUCCAUCUUCGACAUCAAAUACCUCGUCGUGAUCCAUGUCUCCCCUCACUUCUGGCCCUAUGGUCAAUUCUGGCGCGCCCUAGCAUGGCAAGUCGGCUUCGCAAACUCCACCGAAGCCCUCUUCGCAGCAAUGCUAGUCUACCACCUCCGUGUAGUCGAGCGCGCAUGGGGGAAGCGCAAGAUGGCGACUUUCCUCCUCACAACACUACCCUACACGACUCUUCUUCCGCCGCUAAUUCUCGCCCUUGUUCUUCGUCCUCUAUCCUUUAACACGCUGAACUAUCUUCCCUCCGGUCCGACAGCUAGCAUCUUCGCCCUGCUGGCGCAGUAUCACGCCACAAUCCCUUAUACGUUCAGGUAUCGCGUCGGAACCACUUCUAGAAGCGCGGAUGGGGAAGCAGAAGGGUCUGGCUCUGAUCAACCAGGAUCUAAGCCCCUCACGCCAAGUCUGAGUCUUCUUCUCUCGGACAAAUCGACUACCUAUAUUGUCGCUUCUCAAUUGGCGCUCUCUCAGUUUCCGGCUAUGCUGCUCCCGUCUGCGGUGGGCUGGAUCGUUGGUGUCGCUUGGCGUGCGGAGUUACUGCCUGGUCUGUCGAGCGUGAGCUCUGGGUUCCGGGUUCCGGCGUGGGUCGUUGGUGAGCAGGAGCGUCGGUCUGGACCGACGGGGUCGGGGGCUGAGAGGGAGAGAUACGAGGAUUUGAGGCGCAGGAUGGAGGGUGAGGUUGCUACGGCGUCUGGGUUGGAAGGGUCUGGACAGGCACAGAGACGGGGUACAGGGGAGGACAGUGGGCUUGUGGAUAGAUUGAGGGGUGCUUGGUAG